ACAGACAGAGACACCUGUACACACACACAGACAUGUACAUACACACACACAGAAACAUGUACACACAAAUACAUGUACAUACACACAGACACAUGUACAGAUACACACAUGUACAUACACACAGACACACACACACACCCAUAAAAAGUUGCAGUACUUCGUUGUUCACUCACAGAUCCGGGUACUGCACUCUAGGGGGAGGCAGAGAGCACAGCAUACACUCCUUGCUUUGCUUUCACUGCACUCAGCUAUUGAUCAGUCUGACGGCUCCCAGUGCCAAUGACAGAUCCUGCCCUGCUCAGCAAGACGGCCCUGGGGGACACACUUGCCCCCACCAUAAUUUCCACUCGCCAUUGGCGAGCAGGCGAGUGGAAAUUUCAAGCCCUGCACUA